AGAACAACACGAGCACAGCGCGAGAUCAAGUUGCAGACGGAGGAAAGGCAAGAAAAGGCAGAUCUUGACAUUGACAAACUAAAAAAACCUGUUAAAAUGUCGGGGCGAUCCGUGCGAGCGGAGACGCGCAGCAGAGCCAAAGAUGAUAUUAAAAAAGUAAUGGCGGCUAUUGAAAGGGUUCGUCGGUGGGAAAAGAAGUGGGUUACAGUGGGCGACACAUCCUUACGGAUAUUCAAAUGGGUCCCUGUUACAGAGACUAAAAAGAUUUACAAGCCUAAAGGGACAGGUACAGCAGGGAGAGGACUGAAGGGUUUUCCUACAGAUGUGGUGUUGGAAAAUGCCCGUUCAGUGCUAUUGGAUUUUCAAGACGACAACAGUAACCAGAGUUUCCUGUCAGAUGCCUAUCAGUCUAACACAAAAGUGGACAGCAGUGGCAACUCAAGUCCACAGCACGUCAGUGAAGCUGUGAGCCCGUCCCAUGCACCUUACUUCCGCACUGAGGAUUCCCAGCCUCCCACCCUGGGUCAAGAAACUAUGGAAGCUGAGAGAGAGACAUCAACGACUAGCAGUGAAGUGACAGAUGAGCCCCCGACUCUCAUUAAAGAAGAUGUGUCGUCUCUGUCUGCUCAGGAGGAGGAGGAGGAGGAGGAGGAGGAGGUUGUUGGAGCUCCAUCACUUAAAAGAGUUUGCGCUGAACAAAACUCAAAUGUGAGUUAAUCUCACUGUUCUAAAAAUUACUGGUCAAAACGGUCAAUGACAGAGAUUAAACAUUUGAAGAGACAUUUCUACAGCUUGCCAAAAUGCCUGAAAUGCUUUUAUUUGAUCAAACUAGCUUGAACGUUUUGUUGUUGUUUUUAUUAGUUCUCCACAGUGUAUUACUCAAAUGUUGUCAGGUAUUUUCUAAUGAAGGUCAAUGACUGUGUCCGAAAUAUACCCUAAUAUAGUGCACUAUUUGAGGAGACAUCCAUUUUAGUGGUGUCCGAAUUCAUAGUGGACAUUACUGAGUGCAGUCAUUCAAUCCCACGAUGCAUCCUAAUAACGAGUGUACACCCGCUGUACACUGGCACUCUCACGGCUAGCUGCUAGCCAUUUAUCGUGAGGCUCGCGCUGAAUGAAUUCCCGCGUCUCGGCAGAAGAUGGCGCCCGCAGCGCUUCCAGUGCACCGAGUGUCCAAAUUUACUCACUCGUUUUCACCCGCUCCUUAAAGUGGACUAUAUAAGCUGUCCCGUUUCGUAAGGCUGUGUCCUCCAUAGGUAUCAUCCUCUAAAGCAGUGGUCACCAACCCUGCUCCUGGAGAUCGACCGUCCUGCAGACUGCAGCUCCAGUCCAACCCUGCUUCAGCACACCUGUCUGUAAUUAUCAAGCAAACCUGAACACCUUGAUUAGAUAGUUCAGGUGUGUUUGAUUGGGGUUGGAGUUGAAAUCUUCAGGACGGAAUCUUCGUGGUACUGGCAGCAAAGGAAACAGGAAGUACCACGUUGCUAUGACGACACGUCGCACACCUGUCAAAAUAAUUUAAAUGAUUUCUACAUGAUUUAAGAGGUAAAAAGUUGGUUACUUUCUACCCUAAACAAUGCCAAAAGAGUUAAACAAAUAUACAAUUUUUGCCUUACUGUUUCAAAACGUUUAAAAUUCACUAAACACUUGUAAACCUAUUUACUACAUAUGCCUGCUGAGAUAAAAAAAAAAAAAAAACGUGACACAAAUUGUAAACUGUUAACAUUUAAACACCACAUAUUUGAUUGAAUGUGCAGCUGUUGCCGUUUAUUCAAAUAACAGAAGUUGGCCAACGCACAGAAUUGUGGGUUAUCUCCAGCAACGAAGGAUACAGCUCAUGUAUCCUCCGAAUUCCUGUCAAAGAAGGUCGCAUUUGAAGGGUGCCUCCGGAGAGUCCUACCUGCUUUUAUGAAACGAGACAGCCUAGAUGACGUAGUAAUAGUGAACUAAUGUAGGGAAUAGUGACUGACCGUUUGGGGGGGGGGGGUUGGCGGUUUAGGACACAGUCCGUUUUAUAAAUGUACCUUUUUUGCAUAAUACGCAUGUGAUGCAUACAGAAUGUCAAAAUAUUUGUCGAUAUAUUCAAGAUUUCUUUUCACUGUAAUCUGUUUACAGUAUAAUCUACAGUAUUUUAAAGUCUCUUUAGACUUUAUUUUAUUCAAAUAUUGUUAUGCAUCUUUUUAUAUGACAAGGUCACACUUUUGUAUUUUAAAUAUGAAGGUUAACACUCUCCAUAGGCUGAGGUAUUUUUUAAAAAACGAAAAAGACAAUAAACAAGAUUGCAUAUGAUCAUCAAAUCAUGUUGCUAGUUACAAUAUUUGUCCAGGCUUUCUUGUAUGAAAAAAUAAAAGCACUUUGAUUUAUUGUA